AAGUAGAAUAAUGGAUAGAGAAAGCUCAGACCCGCUUUCUGCUCUGUACAUUCUUUUUUCACUGAUUUUCGCAAUAUACAUAUUCCAUUCUAUGCUCUAAAAAUAGCAUUCUCAGGAACCAACCGAUUAACCGUAAUAACGAUCGUGCUCAGAAAUCACACCCGUCAGCACGCGCAAAAUCGGAAGGAGAAGCUCCUGCAGGGGAUUCAUCUGAUCCGUUUAGUGAGGACAUGAGCGACAACACGUCCCCCGGCGGCGGUUCUUCCAGCGGCUCUUCAUCGGCGGAGGGCAGGGACAAGAAGAGGGAGAAGGCUAAAGUUAGUCGCACUUCAAUGAUACUAUGGCAUUCGCACCAAAACGAUGCCACCGCUGUUCGGAAGCUCCUGGAGGAAGAUCCGUCGCUUGUGAUGGCCAGAGAUUACGAUAAUCGAACUCCACUUCAUGUGGCUUCCCUCCAUGGUUGGAUUGACGUUGCUAAGUGCUUGAUUGAAUUUGGUGCCGAUGUUAACUCUCAGGAUCGUUGGAGAAACACUCCUCUAGCUGAUGCAGAAGGAGCUAAAAAGUAUAGCAUGAUGGAGCUUUUAAAAUCAUAUGGAGGCUUGUCUUAUGGCCAAAGUGGAAGCCACUCUGAACAGAAGCCCGUUGCACCCCCAUUGUCUAACAAGUGUGAUUGGGAAGUCGACCCUACUGAGCUGGACUUCUCACAUUCAGCUCGUAUUGGAAAGGGAUCUUUUGGUGAGAUUUUAAAAGCCCAUUGGCGUGGGACGCCAGUUGCUGUCAAACGCAUUCUUCCAUCUCUUUCAGAUGAUAAAUUAGUGGUCCAGGACUUCAGGCAUGAGGUUAAUUUGUUAGUGAAGCUUCGACACCCAAACGUAGUCCAGUUUCUUGGAGCUGUUACCGAGAAGAAACCUCUUAUGUUAAUCACUGAAUAUCUUAGAGGGGGCGAUCUUCAUCAGCAUCUUAAGGAAAAAGGUUCAAUUAGUCCAUCGACAGCUGUCAACUUUGCGUUAGAUAUUGCCAGAGGGAUGGCCUAUCUUCACAACGAACCAAAUGUUAUAAUUCAUCGGGACCUUAAGCCAAGGAAUGUUCUUUUAGUCAAUUCUAGUGCAGAGCAUUUAAAAGUCGGAGAUUUUGGACUGAGCAAGCUUAUCAAGGUCCAGAAUUCUCAUGACGUUUACAAGAUGACUGGUGAAACAGGAAGCUACCGGUAUAUGGCUCCUGAAGUAUUCAAACACAAGAAAUACGAUAAGAAGGUUGAUGUCUUCUCCUUUGCAAUGAUACUAUACGAGAUGCUGGAAGGGGAACCACCUUUUGCCAAUUAUGAGCCUUAUGACGGAGCCAAACAUGUGGCAGAAGGACGCAGGCCAACUAUGCGAGCAAAGGGUUAUAUCCCUGAAUUGCGAGAGUUAACAGAACAGUGCUGGGCAGCUGAUUACCAUCAAAGACCAUCCUUCUUGGAGAUCCUUAAACGACUUGAGAAGAUCAAAGAAAACAAUCUACCUUCGGAAUAUCCCUGGAAAUUGUUCUCUUCCUAAAUGUCAAGGACCUUCCUAUUGGAGAUCGGCCAACGGCUUGAAAAGAUCGGGGAAUAUGCAAUCUACCUACACAUUAUCACUGGUACCUGGUGUCUUCAUACGUGUCAACGAGUUUAAUGAGACACAAAUUCGGAUGAUUUAUUUGCCAUCACCGCUCCUCUGGUGCUUGCCUCCCCUACUGUGAUUUGAGGCUUCUGAAUAGAGCCAGUCAACAAACCCAGCGAAGGCAAUAGGCUUGUUUUCAUCAGUUAAAUUUCUAAUGAGAUAAACGGGUGGUGUUGAUUUCUUUUCUCAGGCUUCUCACUUCCCUUAAUUAUUUGAUCCCGUCAAAGCUAUCGGGGGAGUCAAUUUAUUCAACUGAGUGUCCUCCAGUUGUAGUUUAAGUGUAUUAUGUUUUGCCAAAUAUAGAUGCUGUCAUCAACUUGGAUUAGCUCUGGCCCAGCAAUGAUUUCUGUAUUCACUGGGUUGUACCUAACUGUGUUUUUGAUGAUUGUAGCUCUUUGGAUCUAGAAGUAUCCUAUAUAGUCACAUAUUGAUCCUAUUCUAAAA